AUCAGAUACGAAGCAACUAAGACGCGAGUUAAGACUAUCUUUAUAUUUCUAUUGCCAAAGGACAUUAUAGUAGACCAGAGUAAAGGUAUAUCCGAUGGAAAGUCUACAAUCGAUAAUCAUGACGGUCGAUGAAUUGACAAACAACGAUUCCGAUUUCAUUAUGGAAGAUAACAUAUUGAAGAAAUCUUUAUCUGCGGAAUAUACAAAUGUCGGAAAAUUACUGUUAGACAGAAUGAAGGCAAAACCCGACUUUGUUGGCCAGAGUGACACCGAUUUCAUUAAGGAAAGUAAUGUAUUGAAAGGCAAAGAAGAACCUUUAUCUACGGAAUACACUAACAUCGGAAAGUUACUUUUGGACAGAAUGAAAGCUAAACCCGACUUUAUUGGUCAAAUAGACGUUAUCACCGAAGAGACAUAUACAUUUGCCGAAAUGUUUGAUCGAACUGUAAAAUGUGCACUAUGGUUGCGUCAACAAGGAAUCAAAGCUAACGAUGUGGUCGCCGUAUGCGCUCCCAACAUUAUGGACAGUUUUGUUCCUAUUUUUGCCAGUUUCUGCGUGGGAGCAAUUUUUACUGCAUGGAACGUCGCAAUGGAUAUACGAGAGGCAAGAUAUCUUAUGAAAUUAUCUGGUGCAAAAAUUGUUUUUGCGGACAAAAGUGCGGUAGAUAAGAUACUGGAAGCGGCAAAACUCGAGAAUUACGAUAUUAAGGUCGUCGUUUUUGGUAACGCUUCCAACGCUUUGCCCUUCUCAAAAGUACUUGAAGGUCAUAGCAAGUUCGACUUGGAGAAUUUUGAAUGUACGAGCAUCGAUAACGUUCAGAAUACUGCGGGACUUCUCUAUUCUUCUGGUACAACCGGUCUACCCAAAGGAGUUGAAAUUUCACAUUUUGCUCUUUUAAGUAAUGUACUCUUACCGGGCGAUUUCAAUACGGAAGGAAUUCCACUCUGGCUGUCACCAUACUUUUGGAUGACUGGAGUAUUAUUAACGUUGAGUUCUGUGGUUAAUUAUUGCAGAAGACUCCUUUAUCCUACAUUUGAAGAGGAGAUGACGUGUAAAAUCAUAGAAAAGUAUAAGGUUACAUGGAUGUUCUUGUCACCUAGCAUGGCGAAUAGAAUAAUAAAAUCAGGAUUUUUUGAGAAAUACAACGUGUCCAGUAUUUCCAAAUUGAAUCUUAGUGGUGCUGUAUUUACAGAAAAAAGUCAAAUUAAACUUAAAGAAUGCUUUCCAAGUGCCGACGUCAUACAAAUUUUUGGAAUGACCGAAUUUUGUGGCAUUAUAACGACUCAAGAGCCACAUCACAAAGCAGGUAGCAUUGGAACGGUACGAAGGAAUGCUCAAAUCAAAAUCAUCGACUUAAAAACUAAAUGCGUAUUGGGCCCAAACCAGACAGGUGAACUUUUGGGAAAAUCGUUAACUAUGAUGAACGGUUAUUACAAUAAUCCUCAGGCAACGAAAGAUGCGAUCGAUGAUGAUGGAUGGUUGCAUACUGGUGAUCUUGCGUAUUACGACGAGAACGGUGAACUUUUCAUCGUCGAUAGAUUGAAGGAGACAAUGAAGUACAGAGGAAUUCAAAUCUCUCCAACCGAAAUUGAGAAUCUUUUGCAAACUGAUCCCGAUGUAAUCGAAGUUGCGGUCGUGGGCAUUCCCCAUAUUUUAGACGAUGAGCAUCCUAUCGCUUUUGUUACCAAAGUUCCCGGUUCGAAGGUGUCUGAACGUGACCUUGAAGAAUUGGUAGCGAAAAAUAUGACAGAUCCCUAUCAUUUACGAGGGGGUGUGAAAUUUUUAGAAAAAAUGCCGCAUACUGCUUCUAGGAAAAUAUCCAGAAAAGAUCUUAAAGCAAUGGCUAAAAGCUAUCAGAGUAACAAUGAUUUCAUUGUAAAAGAUAAUAUAUUGAAAGGCAAAGAGGAACUUUUAUCUACGGAAUACACGAACAUUGGACAAUUACUUUUGGACAGAAUGAAGGCUAAACCUGACUUUAUUGGUCAAAUAGACGUUAUCACCGAAGAGACAUAUACUUAUGCCGAAAUGUUUGAUCGAACUAUAAAAUGUGCACUAUGGUUGCGUCAACAAGGAAUCAAAGCUAACGAUGUGGUCGCCGUAUGCGCUCCCAAUAUUAUGGACAGUUUUGUUCCUAUUUUUGCCAGUUUCUGCGUGGGAGCAAUUUUUACUGGAUGGAACGUCGCAAUGGGUAUACGAGAGGCAAGACAUUUUAUGAAAUUAUCUGGUGCAAAAAUUGUUUUUACUGACGAAAGUGCGGUAGGCAUAAUACUCGAAGCGGCAAAACUCGAAAAUCACGAUAUCAAGGUUGUCGUACUUGGUAAGGCUUUGAAUGCUUUGUCCUUUUCGAAAGUACUUGAAGGUCAUAGCAAGUUCGAUGUGGAGAAUUUUGAAUGUGCGCAAAUCGAUAACUUCCAUAAUACAGCUGCACUUCUUUUUUCGUCUGGUACUACUGGCAAUCCUAAAGGAGUUAGAAUAUCGCAUUUCUUUCUAUUGAAUUACCUACUCUUGCCGAACGAUUUCAAUGUCAUAGGAGUUCCAUUCUGGCUGUCACAAUACUUUUGGAUUAGUGGAAUUUUGUUAACAUUCAAUUCUGUGGUGAAUUAUAACAGAAGACUACUUUAUCCUGCAUUCGAAGAGGAGAUGUUGUGUAAAAUCAUAGAAAAAUAUAAGGUUACAUGGAUUUUCUUGUCUCCUAGCAUGGCAAAUAGAAUAUUGAAAUCAGGGUAUUUUAAGAAAUACGACGUCUCCAGUAUUAUAGAAAUAUAUGUUGGUGGAGCUAUAUUUACCGCAGAAAGUCAAAUUAAGCUACAGGAAUGCUUGUCAAAUGGCAAUGUCUUACAAAUGUACGGAUUGACUGAAGUUGGCCUUAUAACAGUUCAAAAGCCACAUCACAAAGCAGGUAGCAUUGGAACGGUACGAAGGAAUGCUCAAAUCAAAAUCAUCGACUUAAAAACUAAAUGCGUAUUGGGCCCAAACCAGACAGGUGAACUUUUGGGAAAAUCGUUAACUAUGAUGAACGGUUAUUACAAUAAUCCUCAGGCAACGAAAGAUGCGAUCGAUGAUGAUGGAUGGUUCCAUACUGGUGAUCUUGCGUAUUACGACGAGGACGGGGAAUUUUUCAUCGUCGAUAGACUGAAGGAAACAAUGAAGUACAGAGGAAUUCAAAUCUCUCCAACCGAAAUUGAAAAUCUUUUGCAAACUCAUCCCGAUGUAUUCGAAGUUGCGGUCGUGGGCAUUCCCCAUAUUCUAGACGAUGAGCAUCCUAUCGCUUUUGUUACCAAAGUUCCCGGUUCGAAGGUGUCUGAACGUGACCUUGAAGAAUUGGUAGAGAAAAAUAUGACAGAUCCCUAUCAUUUACGAGGGGGAGUGAAAUUUUUAGAAUAUAUGCCUUAUACGGUUGAAAAUAUACAAUCGACAAACAUGGAUCGUAAAUUGAUAAACAGUAAGACCGAUUUCAUUAAGGAAGGUAAUGUAUUCAAAGGAAAAGAAGUACCUUUUUCUACGGAAUACACGAACAUCGGAAAGUUACUUUUGGACAGAAUGAAAGCUAAACCGGACUUUAUUGGUCAGAUAGACGUUAUCACCGAAGAGACAUAUACAUUUGCCGAAAUGUUUGAUCAAACUGUAAAAUGUGCACUAUGGUUGCGUCAACAAGGAAUCAAAGCUAACGAUGUGGUCGCCGUAUGCACUCCUUACAUUAUGGACAGUUUUACACCAAUUUUCGCUAGUUUCUGCGUGGCAGCAAUUUUUACAUCCUGGAAUUAUUCAACGGACAUAGGAGAGGCAAGAUAUCUUAUGAAAUUAUCAGGUGCAAAAAUUGUUUUUGCGGACGAAAGUUCGGUAGGUACGAUAUUGGAAGCGGCAAAACUCGAAAAUCACGAUAUCAAGGUAGUCGUUUUCGGUAAGGCUUCGGAUGCUUUGCCCUUUGCGACAGUAAUCGAAGGUCAUAACAAAUCCGACGUGGAGAGAUUUGAAUGUGCGCAAAUCGAUAACAUUCAAGAUACAGCAGCUAUUCUCUAUACAUCUGGUACAACUGGCCUUCCUAAAGGAGUUAAGAUUUCACAUUCCGCUCUUUUAUGUAAUGUACUCUUACCAAGUUUUGUCAAAGGCGAUGUAAUUCCACUUUGGAUGACGCCAUACUUUUGGAUUAGUGGAGUUUUAUUAACCUUGAGUUCUGUGGUGAACUAUACCACUAGGCUCCUUUAUCCUUCAUUCGAUGAGGAAAUGACGUGUAAAAUUAUAGAAAAGUAUAAGGUUACAUGGGUCUUCAUGUCUCCUAGCAUGGCGAAUAGAUUAAUAAAAUCAGGUUAUUAUAAGAAAUACGACGUAUCAAGUGCUAUGUAUCUAUGUGUUAGUGGUUGUAUAUUUAGCGCAAGAAGCCAAGUUCAUCUUCAAGAAUGCUUUCCAAAUGGCCACGUUAUACAAAUAUACGGAAUAACCGAACUUGGCGGCACUGUAACGACUCAAAAGCUACAUCACAAAGCAGGUAGCGUUGGGGAGAUAGUAAAAAACGUUCAAAUCAAGAUCGUCGACUCAGAAACUAAAACUAUAUUGGGUCCAAAUAAGAUAGGUGAAAUCUUGAUAAAAUCGUUAAAUAUGAUGAAUGGUUAUUAUAAUAAUCCCCAGGCAACGAAAGAUGCGAUCGAUAAAGAUGGAUGGUUUCAUACCGGUGAUCUCGCCUAUUACGAUGAGAAAGGCCAAUUUUUCUUUGUUGAUAGACUAAAAGAAAUGAUAAAGUACAGAGGUUAUCAAGUUUCGCCUUGUGAGAUUGAGAAUCUCUUGCAAACUCAUCCCGACGUUGUCGAGACUGCGGUUGUGGGUGUUCCUAAUCUGCAGGACGAUGAGCAUCCCAUCGCUUUUGUUAUCAAAGUUCCCGGUUCGAAGGUAACCGAACGAGAACUUGAAGAAUUGGUGGCGAAAAAUAUGACUGAACGUAAUCAUCUACGCGCGGGUGUGAUAUUUUUAGAAAAAAUGCCUUAUACACCUUCUGAAAAAAUAUCUAGAAGAGAGCUCAAAGCCAUCGCUAAAAGACACUUAUCUAUACAAUAAUAUCGUUAUAAUGUUUAACGUGAGAUUGAAUUUAGCGAAAAUCACCUUAAUUUUGGAAGGGCACCAAAAAGGAUAACUAUAUUAAAAUGCAGUUCUUUUUCUUUUCUUUUUUAUCAAGAACGUAAGAGAAACGGAAUAAGGGAGAAGAUAAGAAAUCAAAAAUAAAGGAAACGUUUAUCGAUAUCUUAUAGUCAAAUCUAUACUAAUUUUCAGACGAAUUACGCUACGUCAUAUUAACAUAAUGUAGUUUGUACUGGAAUAUUUGCACUAACGAUAUUUAUGCAUUACAUUAAGUUUUUUUUCUUCAUUGCCUCAUUUAUAACCUCGUGCAGCCACUUCUUGGAACAUAGCUACCAAAGAGUCCAUAGUUUCUUCUCCCGUGGGAAUGAUUUGAUUUGCCGGAAGUAUAAAACCGUAUUUUCCGGUAUCACGCAAUUCAUAGGUGUAGGCAAUUUGUUUGCGCAGAGUUCCUUUGAUCCAAUCUACGCUACUUCCGGUAGCGAUGUCUAUAAAUGACAAGAAUAAUGUUAAGAGAAAUACAGAAUGAAAUACAAGAAAAUGAAAAAUUGAAAAAAAUUUCUCCUUGCACUUACAUAUAGUUUCGGCAACGUUUCCAGUAUGAUAAGAGGUUCCAUACCUUUUAGCAAGUGCAUUUAUCGACUUUUUACCGAUCGCCAACUGUUAUACAGAAAAUAAGAAAAUAAGAAAAUCGAAAAAAGAGAAGAAAAUUAAACAAUCGUCGGAUUAUAAUACCUCUCUUUUUAAUAAUUGUGCUCGACAAAGAAAAAAGAAGAAAAAGAAAAAAAAAGAAAAAAAAAAAGAAAGAAAAAGAUUCCUUACCAAGUCGUUGUAAUUUUCAAGAUGUUCCGUCGUGUGACCGUAAGGGAAGAGUAAUAAUUGCGAGUAACUGUGAAAAGAGAUGAACGCGAAGAACUUGUCAGAUAUCGAUUGUAAGUAUUGGGACAGACUCUUUGUUUCGAUUUCCGAGAAUGCGGAACUUCCGGCGUAUGUCUCCGAGCAAGGAUUCGAACUGGAGCCACCAGCUAAAAAAAUGACAAGUUAAAUGAUUUCUAAAUGAUUCCUUCGUUUGCGUUGUUAAAAAUUAAAUUUCUUUUUAUAUUAACUGUUCCAUUUGUAUCCCCAGUUUCUAUUUGGAUCGGAACCGUGGCAGAAGAACGAGUAAGGUUUGCGCGUUUUUCUCCACAAACGAUUCUGCAAAACAAAUUUAAAAUGUAUUAAUAAUUCAAUCUAUCAUCUAAAUUCAUUGCAAUAUCUUAUAUUAC